AUGCCUGGUUUACCUCCAGUGGAGCGAUUCGCUGCUGAAGAUGAAGCGGCUGGGAUGAUAAUCAGCUCCUCCAAGCCUGAGGCCAUUAUCAUCGACUGCAAAAAGGUGGACUCCCUCCUCUGGGUCAGGGGUGCCUUCCUGCCUCAUCCUUCAGAUGCCUCGCUUGGGAAGAAAUUCAAGAUGUUUGACAAAAUUAUUCCCUCCCUGGAGCUGGACAUCACCGACCUCCUCUCUGAGGGUCCUCAGCAAUGCAUUAUGUGCGGACACGUGGCAGUGGAAGAGUGUCCAGACUGUUUUAAAGAUUCAAUUUUCAGCCCGACGGGAUUUAAAGUCUUCUGCAAGAAUUGUUCAGCUCAGGUGCACUCUCACCCUCAGCGCCGCUCCCAUCAGCCUGCAACCCUGGAAAUCCCUAAAGGCUACCUUGGCCGUGGCAUCCCUCACUCACUGACCAGGGACCGGCUGGAGCUGUUCGCCGUGCUUUGCAUCGAGACAAGCCACUACGUCUCCUUCGUCAAACAUGGACCCAGCAAUACGGACUGGAUCUUCUUCGACAGCAUGGCCGAUAGAGAAGGAGAAAGAGAUGGCUUUAACAUUCCUGAGGUGCAAGCCUGUCCUGAGGUUGGCAUGUACCUGGAAAUGUCUCCCGCCGAGCUGGCCAAUCAGGUGCCGCGGGACAUGAAAGGAGUGGCCAAGCGUCUCUUCUGCGACGCCUACAUGUAUCUGUACCAGAGCACGAGCAUGUGUCUCUAUCGCUGAGAGGACACAUCAACAUUUCUGGGAAUCCAGCUGUUUCUUAUUUCCUUUUGCUGUACUGCUUAAUUUUUCUAAUUACUGUGUGUAAAUUUUACACAAACGGUGACUUUUUUUGUAUAUUUGCAAACCUAAAAUAACUCCUGUAAGUAUUUUCUGUCCUAAUACAGGGAAAAAUGUUUUCAGGCUUGAAUAAUUCACAGUGAUAUUAUUUUAUGUUUCUUAUAUGAUUGAAGCACAAACUGACAUGACCUUCUGAUGUUAUUUUGAACUGAAGGUGAACAAAAGCAGUAUGUAAUGACCAAGUCACUUGUUGAUCUGGAAUAUUUGAAUGUAAUAUUCAUCCUAUGAUCACAUUCUGUUAUAAUCAGAAGCGUGAUUAAAAAUUUGCCUCAGACUAAAUUCUAUGAAAGCCAGAAAGGCAAUUAAAAAUUUCUCAGAAAAGCUGUAAUACAGCGUAUAGUGCAUUAAAUCUUUAUUUUUCUCUAAAGGGUAAUUUAUGAAAAACAUUAUCUUCUUCAAGUGCUUUGGGAAGAAAGAUAAUUUUGUUUUUGUUCUGAUCUCCUGAAUAAUGUUUUAUUGAGGAGUAAUGAUGUGGGUGUGGAUGUA